CUUCAGCUCGACUUGUUUUGGAGGAGGUGGUGAAGAUGGCGAUGAGCAUGAGUCGAGUGGAGGUCGAGGCCAAUGUCGAAGAGGACGAAAGCUUCGGCCCACAGCCUCUGACCCGCCUCGAGCAGUGUGGUAUCAGUGCGAGUGAUCUGAAGAAGCUGGAGGAUGCAGGGUUCCACACCAUAGAGGCCGUAGCGUACGCUCCUAAAAAAGAGCUGCUGAACAUUAAGGGCAUCAGUGAAGCCAAAGCUGACAAGAUCCUGGGUGAGGCAGCUAAACUGGUUCCGAUGGGGUUCACCACGGCAACGGAGUUUCACCAGCGCAGAGCCGAGAUCAUCCAGAUCUCCACCGGCUCCAAAGAGCUCGACAAACUGCUGCAGGGUGGUAUCGAGACGGGUUCCAUCACGGAGAUGUUCGGGGAGUUCCGUACAGGAAAGACUCAGCUGUGCCACACGCUGGCGGUGACGUGUCAGCUUCCCAUCGAUCAGGGUGGGGGAGAAGGGAAGGCCAUGUACAUCGACACCGAGGGCACCUUCAGACCUGAGAGACUGCUCGCUGUGGCAGAGAGGUACGGACUCGUCGGCAGUGAUGUUUUAGAUAAUGUGGCUUACGCUCGAGCUUUCAACACGGAUCAUCAGACUCAGCUGCUCUAUCAGGCUUCAGCUAUGAUGGCCGAGUCUAGGUAUGCUUUGCUGAUAGUGGACAGUGCCACUGCGCUGUACAGGACGGAUUAUUCCGGAAGAGGCGAGCUCUCGGCCCGUCAGUGUCAUUUGGGACGCUUCCUCCGCAUGCUGCUGCGUCUUGCUGACGAGUUUGGCGUCGCUGUUGUCAUCACCAAUCAGGUCGUAGCGCAGGUGGACGGGGCGGCCAUGUUUUCCGCAGAUCCUAAAAAGCCAAUUGGAGGGAACAUCAUGGCACAUGCCUCCACUACCAGGUUGUAUUUGAGGAAGGGCCGUGGUGAAACUCGGAUCUGUAAAAUUUACGACUCUCCCUGCUUACCUGAGGCGGAGGCCAUGUUCGCCAUCAACGCAGACGGAGUAGGAGACGCUAAAGACUGAAAAAACACACAUGGUGUGUUCACGUGAGAGACGGACAAUAACUGGAACACGGUGAUGGAUGCACUCGUACACACGCACGUUCUUCUCAGACUGAAGAAGCUGUUGAUGGGGGGGGUGUGUGAGAGUGCGAGAGGAGGCAGGAACAGUGCCACCUGCAGGUGCAGGCUGAGCACUAAACACCUGUGUGUUUCAGUUGACUUUUUUUGUUUUUCUUGAUGAAAGGAUAAAAUACUACACUUAAGUUCUUUUUUUCUGUUUGUAUUGUAUCAUUUUCUGAUUUGUCUCUGUACUGUAAUUAUUCUUUCUGUACAUAAAAGUAUUAAAUGUUUUAUUGUUGGUCA